GUAGUGUGUAUGUGCACACGCACACGUGGAGGCGUGCAUGUGGGUUGGAUUUAUGUUGGUAUGUGUGCACUUGCAUGUGAGUAUUGGUGUAUGCGCACCGAUGCGCGAGUGGUCUGUGUAACUCAUUAUUGGUUCGUACAUACCUAUGCGUGCGUAGUGCAUGUACGUCUGGCUGCUUGUGGUGAGCAUGUGGGCAAUUAA